AGAAAGUAGCAAGGAGCCUCCGGAACUCUCCUCUGACUCCGACAGCCUCCGCUUCAGCAGGGGCGCUGUUCGCUCUCUCCGCACCGCGCUCCUCGACGCGGAACUCGCAGCGUGUUUACAUUCCCGCUGGCUCUCUUUGUCCCGGAGGCUCCCGGCAGGGAGAAGCCGCAGAAUGUGCACCGUGCAGCUGCUGCGGGUGUCGGUCCACGAGCGGAUCAGCGCCGUCGCCGAAGACUUCUUGCUACGGCUGGAGAAGGGAGAAGAAGCAGCCGAGCUCCCGACGAUGAGAGCGCUGCUGACCGAGCGGCUGACGGCGGCCGCGGAGGAGAUCGUCGCUCUGUUGGAGGAGACCGUGGCGGAGUACCAGGACAGAGUAGAGCGCUCGGAGCGGGAGAUCUGCCGUCAGAGGAGGCUGCUCGAUGCCGUGCUCAAGCCCGAAGUCCGGCUCCAAGCGGCAGGAAAUACCACCAUUGUGCAAACAGCCAGUCAGAGGACAGCUGAGAUUAAAGUGACUGAGCAGUGUGCAGAUCCUCUGCAGUCAGUGACGCUGUACGACCCAAACGACCCCACAGACCAGAAUCCCUCCGAUCCAGAGGAGCACGAUGGCAGCAACGUUUCCUGUCCAUCAUCACCUCCUUCGCCCUCGCCAUCCUACCACCCACCCCUCUCUGAGAGCAGCGAUGGAGACCCGGACAGUGACUGGAUUGAACAUAGGCGGACUCUCAGGCCUCUGAGGAGAAAGAAGCGUAGCCGUCCGGCGCUCAGCGUCACAAGCAACCGGAGGCGCUCGAGUGUGGCUCAGAGCUUCAGCUGCCACGUGUGUGGCCGGGCACUGCAAGGGAAAGGCUUCCUACUCAAACACGUCCUGCACACCUGUGCCAGCAACCCAGACUGUCGCUGCGGUUACUGUGGGGAGUGCCUGGACUCUGCCGAUGGCCUGAAGGCUCACCUGCAGAUGCACCAGGACAAAAGCAAAACAUGCUCCUUCUGCGGGAAAACCUUCCAUUCCAUCCUGGCACAGGAAAUGCAUGUGCGGUUGCACACGGGAGAGAAACCGUACAGCUGCAACUUCUGCGGCAAGAGGUUCAGUCAGAAGGGCAACCUGACGUCACACCUGCGUGUCCACGCAGAAGAGAAAGCCUUCAAAUGUAAAGAGUGCAGCCGUGCCUUCUGUCACAUGAGCUCUUUGGAGCGCCACAUGGAGGAGCACAGCAGCUCAGCAGUGCACACCUGCAGUGUCUGUGGUGAGGAGUUCAGUAAACGGAACAGUCUGCGGCAACACAUGGCAACUCAUCAGAAGAACGACGGCCUCAGAAUUAAGACGAGCCGCACUUCAAUACCGUCCUUCCGCUGCAAAGUUUGCGGUGACACCUUUGAUAGGAAGACCCUGUUAGUGAAACACGUGGCGACUCACCUGCAAGACACGGACUGCCGCUGUGGACUCUGCGGACACCAUUAUGAGUCCUCUGACAGCCUUGCUGCCCACCUGCGCUCCCACCGCGAGGCUGGCGGCACCUGCAGCAUCUGCGGGAAGUGCUUCCCGGGCCAAUCGGCGCUGCAGAUGCACCUGAGGAUCCACACUGGGGAGAAACCCUACAGCUGCAGCUUCUGUGGGAAGGCUUUCAACCAGAGCGGCAACCUGAAGACACACCUGAAAAUCCACACAGGUGAGCGGGCGUUCUCCUGCAGCCUGUGUGGGAAAGGCUUCACCCAAAAACAGACCCUGGACACACAUGUCCGCUUCCACAACAAGGAGCGCCGCUUCCUGUGCCAGGUAUGCGGGAAGGGCUUCAUGCAGGAUGUGGACCUUAAGAGACACAUGCUGAUUCAUACCGGGGAGAAACCAUACACCUGUAGGGUCUGUGGGAAAAGUUUCCAGGCCAAACGCUCGCUUAAUGGGCACCUUAAAGUGCAUUUAGCUGGCCAGGAGGACUCGAGGCCAGAGCCGCAGAGGACAGCAGAGGACAGCUUCUACUCAGGAUUCACGCAGUUGUAGUACCACAGCACCUCCCCAUUAUUCCUAAUAGCACAGAGCACUACAGGUGACAGGAAGUGUCUGACAAAAUGGAAUCUCUAUAAAGUUGGUCAUGUUUUCAUAAUGGUAGUUGUACCACCUUCACUGACUGUACUCCUUUCGUGUCCAUCUGUCUCCCUCUCAUUCACACACAUGCAUUCUGUUUUCCUCUUACUGGCUCCUCUUUUCUCCAGAGCAUUCCUCCACCUCUCCAUGCUCUCCUCCACUUACUCACUACAGAUCACGGCGUCAUCUGUAAACAUCACAGUCCACAGACCUCAUUUCUCAGUCGGUCCUUCACCACAGUAAACAAGAAGGGCUCAGAGCAUACCUGAUGUAAUCCCACGUCCACCUUGAACCGCCCUGUCACUCCUACCACUCAAUUCACCACUGUCUCUGUCCUCAUACAUGUCCUGCACCACCAUCACAUACUUCUCUGCCACUCCUUACUUACCGCAGUUCCUCUCUGAACAGCUAAUCAUCUGAUCCCUCUGACCCACAAAGACACAGUGAAGCUCCUUUUGACCUUCUUUAAACUUCUCCAUCAACACUCUCAAGGCAAACAUCACAUUCACUCACAUGUCAUUCUUUCUCAUUUUCUUCAUUCAUCAUCUCCUCAAUGUACUACUUACAUCACAUCACACCCUCUUCACUUGUUAUUACAUUUCAAUCCUUGAAACAGCUUGGUCUCUAUGUCUAGCCAGUCUCCUUCCUUGGUGUCCAGUCUCACAUACAGGUCACAAUAAGCUUUUUCUACCAUUGCUGUACACUGAGCCUGUGUACUUAUGUCUACUUUUUUCAAUCAUCCCACUUUUUCUUUGCUAACCUCUUUGAAUACUCUCCUGUACUUCCUCAUUCCUCCACUAAGUCUCCUUCUCCUCUUUCCUCUCACUACUCAGUCCUCUGUUAACUUUACCUGCCACCGAAAGCUUGUUUCACCUCCUCCGUGAACUCUGUACAACAUUUAUUUUUCUACAACUUCCACCAUUUAAUCUUUGCCUCUACCUUUGCUCACUUCCACUGCUUUUUUUUUUUCAAACUUUAAUUUAAUUUAAUUUUUUUUCUUUAGAAAUACACAGUGCAUCUUGCUACUUUAUAUAUGCGCAUAUAUACACACAUACUGUACACAUACACCCACACCUACAUACAUAUACACACACCUUCAAAUACCUACAUACAUACAAACUUUGCAUAUUGUUGUAUGUUUCUACACAAGUGCCCAUUCAGCACAAAAUGGAGAAAAGUCCAGUUGAGCACUAAACAAGGUCCAGGAAAUAAAGUUAAAUGAAAAGAGAUUGAGAUGGGAAAAUCAUUUUGUAUGACCAUAUCUUUGAAAUUUUUCUUUACAGAGUCUUAGAGAAAAGGUAAAUGUUUUCCAUUUCAAAAAUAUCUUUUACCUUUUUAAUCGUCGUUUUCUCUCUCCAAUAAGAUUUAAUAGCAGGACGGGUCCAGAAUAUGUGAUAGUGAUCAGCCAUAGUGUUGCCACAUUGUCUCCAGCAGUUACUAGAUUCAAGUUUGCUAUUCUGAAGUGGUUUAUUUUUAGGGUUAAUGAAAAAUCUAAUAUUAUUCUUCCAGGAAUAUUCCCUCCAAAGAGGGGAGCUUGACGUGCUGGUGUUUGUCUUACAAAUAUUUAACCAGACUUCAUCUGUAAGUGUGAUAUCUGCUUCUUUCUCCCAUUUGGUCUUAACAUAUUGGGUGUAGUGCUUCCUGAAUGAUUGUAAAUAUGAAUACAGUUUAGAGAUCAACCUUCUAUGUACUUUACCUUUCUAGGUGUUCACAAAUAUGUCAAUAAGGCACCUACUCCCUUACAACUUUAUUAUUUUUAUUAAAGUGGUGUCUCAAUUGUCUAUAAAAAGCAGUUUUAUUUAACCUGCGAGUUUCACUGAGUGGUAAGAAUCUGCCCCUAUCUGUUUUGGCUGAGAUUUUACAGUAUGCUGUAAUACCCUUCCAAGUCCUUUCUCUAAACACCACAUUCCAAAUGUGCUAGUGUAAAGUCUGUAUCAUAUCCUACCCAACUUAGUAUUCACACUUUCCUUUCUAAAUUAUUAUUUUUUUACCUUCUUUAAUCCCUAUAUUUAAAGCUACUUUAGUGUACACGUGUUUUUCCUGUAGGCUUAUAUCACCCAAUAAAGACUGUAAAGACUGUCUAAUUGGUUAAGUUCCAAAUCUUUUCAUUUUGCUUCGUAUCUACUAUCACAAAGUCUAACCAAGUGCUGAAGCUGUAAUCGUAAUUGUCCUCCAGGUUAGGUAAAGACAAUUUACCUUGGUUUUUUGGUAACUGUAGAGUCUCAAGUUGUACCCUGGGUUUUUAUCUUGCCAAAUAAGUUGUGAGAUCAUUCUUUUCCACUCAUUAAGUUGUUUUUGGGGAAUUUCAAUUGGCAGGGACUGAAAAAUAAACAACACACGGGGUAAAAUUGUGAAAAAAAAAAAAAAAAAAAAAAGGUCACAAUUUCUAUUCUGC